AUGAAUGAGAUACGGCCUUUGUACUUGUAUCUGAACAGCAGAAAUCAUUCACAGCGUCUUGUUGGAUUCAGCAAAAUAUCGACGAAAGAAAUGGAAAAAUUUGGAAACACGACGCCUGAUAAAUCGAGAUGCAAAUCUCCAGAACCGCCUCCGCACCAACCAACUUUCACGUCAGCGCCGUAUUGUUCUCGUCAAUGUGCGUGUGAGAAACGAAAAAAGCAAAACGAAGUACAUGCUAGAAUCAUGAAUUGGCUGAUCAACCGAAAAAAAGGAGAUGAAGAAAAUAAAGAUUCCGGAAUUUUUUCAUCGGAUGAUGAAUCGGACAAAGAAAACCGACCUCAAAUAAGCUUUGCAAACUGCACUGCAGCUCGGGAAUGA